UUUAAUGAAAAGAGACUGUGGAGGGCAGAGCAAUGUGCAAUGACAGCCCUGCUUAUCUUCGACACCUUAAAUUACUUCACACACCUUCACUUGGAUCCGUAAUGUUUAAGUAUUUAUGGAGUCAUAACUUUCCUCUCUCACCAAAAGAUUUAACACCGACCUCCCCUCUCCACCCACCCCCACACACCACAAAAUGAAAACUAAAACUGCCAAAUGCACUUACUUUCAACCCCCUGGUCCCAUCUCCCAUUCCCAGAGGGUUAUAACCUGCCAAGGGAGAUAAGCUACAGUUUUGGUGGAGGUGUAUGAAGGUGUCUUUCUCUGUCAUCACUGCCUAAGGAAAACAGUUCGAGUUGCUAAAGAGCAGUUUGGCUUUGGAUUUUAUUUCGUUUGGUUUAUUCGUUAUUUUUUUGGGGUCACCUUCCCCUCCUCCUCCUCCUCCUCCUCCUCUCUCCGCGCCAGCUGCACCCUCCGCCGGCUUCAAUGAAACUGGCAGCGAUGAUCAAGAAGAUGUGUCCGAGCGAGGCCGAGCUGAGCAUCCCCGCCAAGAACUGCUACCGCAUGGUCAUCCUGGGCUCCUCCAAGGUGGGCAAGACGGCCAUCGUGUCACGCUUCCUCACGGGGCGCUUCGAGGAGCAAUACACCCCCACCAUCGAGGACUUCCACCGCAAGUUCUACAGCAUCCGCGGCGAGGUCUACCAGCUCGACAUCCUGGACACGUCGGGCAACCACCCCUUCCCAGCCAUGCGCCGCCUCUCCAUCCUCACAGGCGAUGUCUUUAUCCUCGUGUUCAGCCUGGACAACCGGGACUCCUUUGAGGAGGUGCAGCGCCUGAAGCAGCAAAUCCUGGAGACCAAGUCGUGCCUGAAGAACAAAACCAAGGAGAACAUAGAGGUGCCCCUGGUCAUCUGCGGCAACAAGGGCGAUCGGGACUUUUACCGGGAGGUGGAGCCCCGGGAGAUCGAGCAGUUGGUGGGGGGGGACCCCAAGAGAUGCGCCUACUUUGAGAUCUCAGCCAAGAAGAACAGCAGCCUGGACCAGAUGUUCCAGGCGCUCUUCGCCAUGGCCAAGCUGCCCAGCGAGAUGAGCCCGGACCUGCACCGCAAGGUCUCCGUCCAGUACUGCGACAUCCUGCACAAGAAGGCGCUCAAAGGCAAAAAGCUGCUCAAAGAGGGAGGCCGGGGCAGCACGGAGGAAGCCUACGGCAUCGUGGCUCCCUUCGCCCGGCGGCCCAGCGUCCACAGCGACCUCAUGUACAUCCGGGAGAAAGCCAUCGGCGGCGGGCACGCCAAGGAGAAGGACCGCUGCGUGAUCAGCUAGGAGCCCUGCCAGGCGCCGCCGAAGCGAGUGGGAAGGAAGGAAGGAAGGGAGGGGGGAAAGCAGCUCGUUUCCUAAGUGACUUUGGUGAGACAGGAGGGUGGGCAGGCACCCACCCGGGCAGAGGGGGGGAUUCACCUCUUCUCCAGCCUCCCUCCUCCAGAGGGAUCGCUUUCAUCCGCUCCCUCCCCCAGGUGUUUUUGGGAGAGGGGGCAGAUGGGGGGGGAGGAUUUGGAGGGCGGGAGGGGGGUGCUGCUGGGACCUCCCUCCUACGGGGAGAGAGAAAAGGGGCGGACUGCUGGCCCGCAAGGCGGAAAGAUGUGCAGGGAGGGCACAGACCUUCUUGUUGUUUCUUUCCUCCCCCAAACCUCCCAGCCUCAGGCCAGGGCACUGCCGUCAGGAGGGAGUGCAGAGGCCUGCCAGGGCCUGCUUUGGGCUUUUGGGGCUUUUUUCUUUUUUUUUUUUUUAACUUGAGAAGCUGUGCACAGGCUCUGGCUCUGUCGUGUGUUCGUCUGUAUCUGCGAAAACAUGUGCAGAAGACACUCCUAAGCUGCAAAGACAUUUCAGAGUUACAGCCCUGAUGGCCCAAAAA